UGGGCGCGGAUUCCGGCGCACCGUGCUACAUAUCGUCUGCGCCGGUGCACGGGUCGCCGCUUCCCAUAAGAUGUAAAGCGCUUCGGGCUGCGUACGUGUGAUGGCGGUAUUCCUAAUCAACAAUUGCAAAUUCAAUGGUUGCGGCCUGACGUUCCCAACACUACGAGAGCUCAUUUUGCACAUCGAAGACACGCACAUAGAUAACGACCCAAGACUACUAGAAAAGCAAGAACUGCAGCCACCUUCGUGCCUUCCUGUCAGCUGCGUCCUUAGGGUUUUCACGGAAGGUUCACGCGUGGAGCCACUCGGGACGAUCCGCAAGAGGCAGCGGACGCUGUCACCGGCGUCGUCGAUUUGCAGCAAUACGCCAACAGGGAGUGAGAUGGAUGAAGAGGAGAUGAGUAGCGAAUCCGACGACAGCAACGACUCGUGGACUACGCAGAACGAGUUCAUUUCGGAGUUCAUAAUGAGGAUGAUGAGCAGCGCGGGAUCGACGGAAGAGAAGCCGUUUGCUUGCCCUGUUCCGGGAUGCAAGAAGCGCUACAAGAAUGUCAACGGCAUCAAGUACCACGCAAAGAAUGGGCACAAGAAGGAAGCCAAGGUCAAGAAAGGCCAUCGUUGUCACUGUGGGAAAAGUUACAAGACUGCACAGGGCCUGAGGGCGCACUCACUCUCCCAGCACUCGGCCGACUCCUCUCAGUCGGCCAGAUACUCGGAUUUCUCCUCGGCACUCGGCUCUGGCGGUGGGGGUCACGUGUCGACGUCGCGGCUGCACGCCGGCCCACUUCCUGUCAUGUCUCCAACGCUGCAGCAGCAUCUGUUGAGCCCCCUGGUCAUGAGGCCGGCCGUUGCGUCGACCUUCGCUUCGGUCAGUGCAGAAGGUUGACGCCCUCGAUGGAGCUGCUACAAAGUUUCGUGCUUUGGCACAGGCACCUUUCAUGGCGAGUGGACUGAUGAUUUACGUGGCGCCGCUGCAAGAUUGGGUGGGCGACAUACUGUCAGCCAAAUGCCUCCUGUCGUCGAGUCGUUUUGGCGCGUUGCUCUCUUCUCCUUGUGUUCAAUUUCAAAGCCGCGGUUUCGACUUGUUGCAGACAUUUGAGAACUCUGCGAAAGCUCGUGUGCUUACAGGCGGUGCUUGAUUUAAAGAUCAGGUGGGCAAUAUCUUCUUUUUUUCUUGCGUAGAACAAAAGCGUUUAUAUGCCGUCUACACUGCAACGGCAACCACGCGGGCAAGACGUUGUGUUCUGAAUUUAUCUAGAAAGGGGCCCCACUCUAUUAUUUCUUCUUGGGUUUGAUAAUGUUUUCGUGUGACUCUUUUGAGUGGCACAAGACUGUUUGCAAGGGCAUUGGUAACUGAGCAGAUCGUGCCUGAAAAAGCUUGCUACAUUUCUUUUGUCAUUUAGUAGUUCAUUCGUUAAGAGAAUAAACGGGUAAUGUGUUGAGAAGUCAUGUUGCUGCAGCCUUCGAUCUUUCAUUUUUCAGUUUUUUUUAUAAUACUUGCUAACAAAACAGUAGUUUGUCUCUGGAAACAUUGCAGACAGUUUUUCUUUAUAGUUGGAGGUGGCUCGCAUCAUGCACCUAGUAUUAGAUUCAGUGAUCUCAUCAAAAUGUCCAAAAACUACUACUUUUUGGCACUGGUUGUGUUGAACUGGAGGCAGGCAUUUUUUUUAUCUUCAUUGCACGUGGUUCGAGAAUCAAGGGCCUACGGUUUGUUAUCCCGAGAUAUACAAAGUGAGCUUCAACUCGCUUUGUGGAGCACAGCCUAAUGAUUCGGGUCAUUCUCAUGGGACUCCUCAAAUGUACGCGAGAGCGAAUAUUAUUUUUCAAGAAUGCAGCAUAUUGUGACGGAACUAGUGCAGAAACCGACCAUUCUUGGAAACCAGCACUUUUUGUGUUCUGUUUAGAGAUAAGGCAACAGCGUUGCUUUACUCUGCUGUGAGCAAUAUUUAAAGUGCACUUUGUGUGGCCUUCUUGCAUUUCAAGCACUAAUACAUGCAUCCUAGUGGCCUAUGCCUGUAAACGCAGUUCUUGCCCAACCCUUGUAAAAAGAAUAGACUAGCCCUCUGAAACUCAAUUUUGGUACCUUCGUUAUUGUUUGCUUGCCAACUGCGCACUUGUUACUUACGUUUUCAUCAAUGUCUUUUCUCCCAGUUUGUGUUGUUCAAGUGUAAUGCUUUCAGUCUAAGUGUAUGGCCGUUGCUAAUGAAGUUCAGUGCGGCCUUGCAUAAUUAGUUUUUGUUAUUGGCACGGAAAUGUUGCACAGUUCACAUGAACUGUGCAUGUAUUUCAUAAAAUAGUACAAAAGAAACACUGGGAAUUAUUGAAAUGCGUGAUGUGGGUUUUCUCAACAGAGAUGUUUAGAAGCCUUAGCUUACAGCUAGAAUAAGCUCGUGUUUGCGCCCUCCUACCUAGAAGACAAGGUUGCAUUGUUAUCGGCUUCCAAGUGCUGGUCCAACACGAUCACUCGUCGUAAUUUGAGACAUUCUUGAACAAAACCUGCAUGCGACGUGGCGGUGCAUGGGCCAUGCCGGCACUAGCGAAGAACGCUUAGUACCUGCAAUGAACCACUCUUGGGGCCGUACUAUGUAGUUGAGUUUCCAGACCAAACGCACCCUCAGCUCUUGUUUUCGUGGACUGUAAUUGUCGGUGGAAACAACCGUGCCUAGGCCUAACUGGCUUUCUGCAUUUCGGUAGAGCAGUUGAAGUCGAGUUGUUGCGGCGUUCUGUCGUCGAGUCAGGCGUUGCAGUUUCUGCAGCCAAAAUGUGCAAGGAAACUCGCGUGUAACGGAUGUAUCGUUGCCUACCGUGCGUCGUGUGCCUCAUUAGACGCUCUCGUCAUGUAUGCUUCCAGAGACAGUAGUGAGAUGGGUUUGCACGCUCAAAGUAGACAAAGUGUUGAAAGCCUGGUGGCACACUUUUUCGCCGUUCGUGCAGAACUAUGUCAACGGGUCCUGCUUCAAAAGCUCUGUACCUGUAGAGUGUGGGCCACAGCCUGUUUGGCAUUGAGGACUUAAUGCUGGCUACAAGGACUCUCUCGCAAUUCAGUGAUGAAUCUUUUUUGACGAGAGUUUGUAUCCCAAGUAGCACAAAGUAGGACUAACUUAAGAUCAUAUUGCUGGGUCUUUGUUGAGACUGUAAUGAAUUUGCACUCUGUGCUACUUGCAAGAUGGGUUGGAGAGUCCCCUUUUGUGAGGGUGUUACAUUGUUACAUGGAACAAGCUUCAGGGCUUGUAACUCGAGAGCCCGAGCCGUUGUUUGUUCAGCUAGGAUUGUGGAAUUUGCCGCAUUUCAAACAAUUUGAAAAUGGACGCUUUGAUGUUGAGAUUGCCGAGAAGUGUACACGCAUUUUGGCCACUGUCAUCUUGCCGCACGUUGACCUGUCACUGGAGAUGUCCUUGUUUUUUUCAAUUCUCCAGCAGUGUUGGGGCACUGCUAGAAAUUUGUUUGUUCUUUGUACCAAAGAUAUCCGGUGAAUGUAAUAUGUUUUUUAUGUGUUGAUUAUGUGGUUGUAUUGUUGCCAAGUUGUGUUUAGAAAAAAAAAGUUUUGCACCUUUCACCGUACUCUUGCAACUUUCGAGAUUGAGAAACGCUUCUGCCCAAAUGGCUAUCAAAGUUGUGCGACGUCACACAUACUUUGAUAGUAUGUGUGACGUAUGUUUGAUAGUAUGUGUGACGAGCCUGCGCUGUUAAUUGUAAUUUUUGCCUUUUCUGUUUUCUUUCGUGAUCGCUUUCAAGGUCACAUUCUACUUCUUCUCUUCAGCACUGUUGUCUGCUUUAUAGCCGUUCUGUCGUCGUUAUGUUGUUUUGGCGCUGGCCAGUGUUGUCAGCAGCACCAGUGAACAAAGAAAAAAAGACUAAAAAAAAGAACCCCACCUUUGUAAUGCUUUCUGUGUGCGCUCUAAUAAGCUACGGGGGCCAUUGUUUGGAAGAACAGCAAUAGUGUGUAGUCUACAGUAUCUUUGCUAACAUGACAGGCAUGUUAUUCCUUUGCCACAGCACUGUUUACUAGUUUUAAAAAGUGUCAACGAUGGUACCGCGUUUCCUGUCGAUAAGGGAAGCUGACAUAUGAAUAACUCUUCCGGCUAAAUGGUUUGCUCACUCUAAAUUCAGUCUGCUAUUGUAUUUUUCAUAAAACUUGUAUUUUGUAGUGCAUUUUCUGCUCUGCUCGGGGAACUUAGUUGCCUGCUUAAGGCAGAGUACAUCCAAAGUAUGCGUUUCCCACAGCAGUGCCAUACCAAAUUAAAGUUUCUCAGUGAAAGGAUUGGUGUCGUCUGUUCCAGCGUAGUCUUUUUGCCACCCCCUAGCAGACGACGCAGCCUGAAACGUUUCUCAUUGUGCUGGCAACAGAUGGUGCUACCUUUGCUUCUACCGAGAAACUUUAUAUUUGCCUGGCAUAAGGGCCUAUGAUGUGUACCUUAGUUAUGUUGGACGAAACUAGCAAUUGCUGCAUCCAGACACGGUACGAAAUAGUCAUAAUGCAGUUCUCAGCUUUCGCAUUAGUGAGCUUGAUUUAGCCAGUUUUAGCAGGCUGUGUUAUUGUGGCAACAUUCCAUAUCUGUGCCCACUUCGUGCUGCACCUGUAACCUCAUGGCUUGUCUCAAAGAAUCUCGCAGCAGCAGUUAUCUUUCCUUUUUUUCACAUCGCCUGUCGAGGAAUUCAUAAAGUCAUCCUGGUUAUGGCAAAUUCUUGUUCUGCCGUAACUGUGCCCUGAAUGUGAUAUUGCGUUAGACUUUGUGGUGCAUUUAUGUGGCUUCUCUGUCCUCCAUUGUAUGUAUACCUAAGGCUGUCUUGCCACUGCAUGAAAAUUUCUUCCCUGCUUACAUUAUUUCAUUUCUAAAACCCGAUAUGUGUUCCACUUCUGGCUUGUUGUCUCCUGUGGGGAGGUGUUCAGCUGUUCCACUUUUGUUCCAGUUGGCAUUUUUCAUUGCUGCUUCUUGAGGUCCGUUGUGCCUGUCGGGCGGCCUGUAUCUGUGCAGUCUAGACAUUGUUGCUCUUGGUUUAUACAUAGGAUUGUAUGAGGCGGUUCAGGUCAAAGUGCAGCACAGACUGGUUUAAACAGAAACACAUAAGUAGUAUUCAAAUUGGCUAUUUAAAGGGAUACUGAACAGGACUUUUGCUGCCUAGAUUUUCUGCCAAAUUGAAAGGUUUGGUACUGACACUGGUUCACACAACCUUGUUUUCCGGCUCAAACUAGCGUGAAUAAUAAAUUUACUGCGUUAUUCACAAACUGCAGUGUCUAGCGACCGCGCCGUGAACUAGAAGUGGGGACGUUUAACUCGGCAGAAAGGGGCAUGCCAACCGUGCUUGCGUCAUAAUUGCUCACCCAUCGGCAUUGCCAGCCAUCACCCGUGUUUCUCAACCUGCUUCACUUUGUGUACGGUACUUAGAACCAGUCCAAAUGGUAGCAAACAGGGCUCCCAGGUGGGGCACAUCUCGGCACCUUUGUGGGAGAGUGGUACGUAAAGGAGAGGCGGAGAAGGACAGGAAAGCGCGCACCCUGCUUCUGCCGCUGGAACGCUUGCCACGGUCUUCAGCGCACAGCUCCACACACUCUGGCAUGCAGCCGCCACAAUCCGAGCUCACAAUCCUUCGAAGAUACAGCCAUCUGUUCGAAAUUAUGUCAAAUAAACACUGUUUAUCGGAGCGGUCACGCCUUCAGAGUGGACUUUCGAUGCUUUCGGCAUUUUUUCAUAUCUUUUUUCAGUAUCCCUUUAACGAAAUUGUUUAACUUUGGGAAGGUUCAAAGGUUACCCUCCACCAUUCUAAUGUGUGCCUGCUGUAAAUUUUUUUAAAAGUUUGUACGCUACAUUUGCGAAAAUACCAAAAUUACAUUCAAAUGUAAAAUGCUGUCAAAGCCCUAUUUGUUCCAUAUACCUACAGAUUACUUUUAGUAAUAUGUACACCUUUGUUUUUGUUACCUUUGGAUAGGUUUCUGUGUGUAAUGUUUCGCUUGCAUGUUUUGAAUUACCAAGAUUUGAGAGCUACAAAUUUGAUUUUGAAUGUCGACAAAAGGUGUCAUUUAGUAACGCUACAUUUAGUCACUAGUGAUUGCACAAAGAAAUUUUGUGCAAGGAUAACACGUUUGCCUCAGUUUAGUAUUCUCAGCCCCAACUUUGCAGCCAGCACUCACAGUUGAAAAAUCUGGAAUGACUAACGCUGUGUUAAUGACAUUUUGUUCUUGCGGAGACUGUAACAGCAGUCCUGUGAGCUCGCCAGAUUGUACUUAUAACUGGAUUUGGGACGGUCUUGUGUUGGAAACCUCUUGCAUGUGUAUUGGAGUUUGGCACUAAUUCAGAACUUGGCAUGCUGCGUUUUUCAUGCCUUAGCAUUUUUGUCUUUAUUUUUACUGCGAAGCGAAUGCAAAUGGUGAGCAAGCUGUGUGGAGCGAAUAAUGUACACAGCACAGAUCGUGUAUUUUUUUUUCUGGGAACCGGACAGUCAAUGUAUAAAAAAAGAGAAAUUGUUGCAAAAAUAAGGCAAUAAAGAAUUGGUUGCA